CUACAUCAUACGUCAAAAUUUGGGACCGUGAUGCAAAUAGAUCACAAAAAGAUUUCAUAUAUCACAAACUUUGAAGUACAUACAUUAAUUCAGAAGAAAUUGGAAUCAAGAAAGAAGAUUAGGGGUCAGCAAACUUUGCUCUAUACAACACAAAAAUAUAUGAAAGAGAAAUCUCCUGCUCAUCUGCAAGAUGCCGACCAAAUUUCUCGUUUUUCCCUACAAAUGAAGCCGUAUAAUAUGUCCAAACACGAGUUACUUAUGUUACUAAACAAUUGUCCUUCGACUCAAGUCGAACUUUCCGUGAUGAUAUCAGAACUAGACACUCGGUACACUGCCUCGCAAAUCGAACAGAUUCUGUCUAUAACCCGAGAAAUCAUGCCUGCUAGCGUUGAUUUCACUUCAAAGCUUAAUUCUUCUGGAGUUAAUGAAGACAAUUCAGCGGAAUAG